CUCAGCUAUUGGCUGUUAAGCUUUGAUCGACGCGGUAAGCCUGGGCAGACCAUUUGAUGGCUGUAGGCUUACUCCUUGCCCAUGACGAAACACAAUGCGGGGAAACUCAUGCUCCCUACCAUCGAUGCAGUAUAAAUACAGGACCACUGCAUGGCAGUAGAGUUUGUUCAUAGGACCAAGAAUGUUGUCCCUACGAGGAAAGCCCCUGGUCUAUCUGGUCACCGUCGUCAGCUCGACCGGCUUCUGCCUGUUCGGCUACGACAAUGGCUUGAUGGGUCAGGUCAUCUCAGAGCCUAACUUUCUCAACAUGAUUGGAAAUCCAGAUGCAGCUGUGCAGGGGCUUGCGGUAUCGUCCUAUGACAUCGGCUGCAUGCUAGGGGCAUUGGCUGCCGUGCUUAUCAGUGAGCAAAUUGGGAGGAGACGGACGAUCUUGCUAGCUUGCAUUGUGCACAUUGUGGGAGACGUCGUGAACGCCUCUUCCUUCUCCCUCGCCCAACUGUUAGUGUCGCGUAUCAUCCUUGGGGUUGGUCUCGGGCUCUUCACUAGCGCUUCCCCAGUCUGGCUAGCUGAGACCGCUACGGCCCAGAUGCGUGCUGUCAUGGUGGCCGUGCAGUUGACCUUCCUUAUUAUCGGCACGAACAUUGCCUACUGGGUCGACUAUGGACUUGGCUUCCUUGACAAUGAGAUCAGUUGGCGCGUGCCCUUCGCCUUGCAGGCCAUCUACCCCAUCGUCGCCUUUGGCUUCACCUUGGUGCUCCCCGAGUCCCCUCGAUGGCUCGCUUCCCACGGCCAUACUGAGGCUGCCGCCGCUGCUCUAUCUGCAUUCCGUGAUCUCCCCGUGGACCACGAGUUAGUCCAAGCUGAACUGCAGGAUAUUGCUUCGGCAAUUGCCUUGGAAUCAGACGGCGGAUCAUGGGGGAGCUUGUUCCGCCAAGGUCCUAGCAAGGUGCGUACGCGUGUUAUUAUCGCUUGCGCGGCCAACUCGAUGCAAUCCUACACCGGGAUCAAUUUUGUGGAAUAUUACUUCCCUUUUAUCUUGACGAAUUCGGUCGGACUUGGUACCAAUCUCGCGAACCUUGUGUCAGGCUGCUCACAGAUAUGGUUCCUCCUAUCAUCCUUCGUGACGUGGUACUACAUCAACAAGCUGGGCCGCCGCCGACUGUUCUGCCUAGGAAACCUCGGGAUGGGGUGCUGCAUGAUUGCGGUUUGCAUUACUCUGUGGAAAGACAGCCAAGUGUCGGUCAUCAUCACUGUCGUCUUCUUCUUCCUUUACCUCUCCUUCUUCACGUGGGGAUGGAUGUCCAACAUGUGGACAUACCCUGCCGAGAUCCUACCACUGCAUGUGCGGAGCAAAGCGCUGGCGCUCUCCGUCUUCUUCCAGUGGGCCAAUCAGUUUUGGACGGUGGAGAUUGCGCCCGUCACGAUCGACAACAUCGGCUGGCGGACGUAUAUUAUUUGGGCUAUUCUCAACUUUGUUUGCUGUGUGAUUGUGUAUUUGUUCUUUCCGGAAACGUCGUCCCUCACGCUGGAGUCAGUUGACUUUCUAUUUUCGUCAUCCAGCAACGUCCGCGAAGUGGUCGCACGCAGCGAGCAGAUCUAUUUGAAUCAUUCUCAUCUCGAUGUCGGAGCGGCGGCUGCUGCAGCGGUGGGCGGGGAUGGCAAGGAGAAGUCUUUGGAGGACGGGGUUGCACAAGUGACACACGUCGAGAGACACGUAGCGGUGUAAAGUGUGUAUUCCACAGUCCAACAACUGAAGAAGAGUUAUGCGAGCUCUGAAAGCAGAAAGGAUAUUUUUGGGAGUAUGUAUCGAUCACAAUGUAUACUGG